ACACCGAAACAACCAGGAGUUCCAGUUUUGAAAUGUUUCUUUAGUUUAAAUGUUAGCUUUUAGCUGAGAUUCACUGCCAUCACUUGACACUGCUAUUAUGUGUUGACUGUAGCCAGAACAGUGCGUCACGGCUCGAGCUACAAGAUGGACACUGCAGAAGAAGCUGAUAUAUGUCGAGUGUGUCGCUCUGAGGGAACUCUGGACAAACCCCUCUACCAUCCUUGUGUUUGCACUGGAAGUAUUAAAUUUAUCCACCAAGAAUGUUUGGUGCAAUGGCUCAAACACAGCAGAAAAGAGUACUGCGAAUUAUGCAAGCACAGAUUUGCUUUUACUCCAAUUUACUCUCCAGACAUGCCCUCACGGCUUCCUGUACAGGACAUAUUUGCCGGUCUGGUGACCAGUAUAGGCACGGCCAUACGAUACUGGUUUCACUAUACGCUGGUGGCUUUUGCUUGGCUGGGAGUCGUCCCUUUAACAGCAUGUCGUAUCUAUAAGUGUUUGUUUACUGGUUCUGUAAGCUCCCUCCUGACUCUGCCGUUAGAUAUGCUUUCCACAGAGAACCUGUUGGCGGACUGUCUUCAAGGCUGUUUUGUGGUGACCUGCACUCUGUGCGCCUUCAUCAGUCUGGUGUGGUUACGGGAGCAGAUAGUUCACGGUGGAGCACCGCUGUGGUUGGAACAAAACCAGCAGCAACCUGCAAAUGCAGCAGCGCAGCCUAAUGAGCCUCCAGGUGCCGGAAAUGGAGGUGUGGAGAAUCAGCCUGUGCCGGCGCCAGCUGACCCCCCAGUGGAAAACGCCGCUGCAGCUGAAGUGCUUGAUGCCCAGCCUGACCAAGCUGAGGAAAUGGAAAUGGAAAACGAAGAUGAGGAAGAGGCAGGUGCUGAAGAUGCAGCUGAUGGCAACAAUGGUGCACAAGAUGAUAUGAACUGGAAUGCUCUGGAAUGGGACCGUGCUGCUGAGGAGCUCACAUGGGAGAGGAUGCUUGGGCUGGACGGCUCUCUAGUUUUCUUGGAGCAUGUCUUCUGGGUUGUUUCUCUGAACACACUAUUUAUUCUGGUCUUUGCAUUUUGUCCAUAUCACAUUGGGCACUUCUCUGUGGUUGGACUUGGUUUUGAAGAUUAUGUUCGCGCUUCCCACUUUGAGGGCCUGAUAACCACUAUUGUUGGUUAUGUCCUACUGGCUGUAACACUCAUCGUUUGUCACGGUUUAGCAGCACUGGUAAGAUUUCAAAGAUCUCGACGAUUGUUAGGAGUCUGCUAUAUUGUGGUUAAGGUGUCGUUGUUGGUGGUGGUGGAGAUUGGAGUAUUUCCCCUUAUCUGUGGUUGGUGGCUGGAUAUCUGCUCUCUGGAAAUGUUUGACGCUUCCCUGAAGGACAGAGAACUGAGUUUUGAAUCAGCUCCAGGCACCACUAUGUUCCUACACUGGCUUGUAGGCAUGGUCUACGUCUUUUACUUUGCAUCUUUUAUCCUCCUGCUCCGAGAGGUCCUCAGGCCUGGAGUCUUGUGGUUUCUUAGAAAUCUUAAUGAUCCAGAUUUUAACCCAGUACAAGAGAUGAUCCACCUGCCAAUAUACAGACACUUGAGACGCUUCAUACUGUCAGUGGUUGUGUUUGGUUCAAUUGUCCUGUUGAUGCUCUGGCUACCCAUUCGGAUAAUCAAAACCAUCUUGCCAUCCUUCCUUCCCUAUAAUGUGAUGCUGUACAGUGAUGCUCCCGUGAGUGAGCUGUCUCUGGAGCUGCUGCUGUUGCAGGUGGUCUUGCCAGCUCUGCUGGAGCAGGGACACACACGGCAGUGGCUGAAAGGUUUGGUGAGAGCCUGGACAGUCACUGCAGGUUACUUACUAGAUCUUCACUCAUAUCUGCUCGGAGACCAGGAAGAAAAUGAAAACAAUGCCAACCAGGCGGCCAACAACAACCAGCAACCACGCAACAAUGCCAAUGUCAUGCCUGUAGUGGGCGAAGGUUUACAUGCUGCACACCAAGCCAUCCUGCAGCAGGGAGGUCCUGUGGGCUUCCAGCCCUACCAUCGCCCUGUGAAGUUCCCUUUUAGGAUUGUGUUGCUGAUCAUGUUCAUGUGUGUGACACUGCUCUUGGCUAGUUUGGUGUGUCUCACUUUGCCAGUGUUUGCUGGUCGUUGGCUCAUGUCAUUCUGGACCGGCACUGCCAAAAUUCACGAGCUGUACACUGCAGCAUGUGGCCUGUAUGUGUGCUGGCUGUCUAUAAGGGCUGUCACCGUGCUGCUGGCGUGGAUGCCCCAGGGCCGCACGGUCAUCCUGCUCAAAGUUCAGGAGUGGACGCUAAUGAUUUUGAAGACUCUCAUCGUUGCUGUUCUGUUGGCCGGUGUAAUUCCUCUGCUGUUGGGGCUGCUGUUCGAGCUGGUUAUUGUGGCUCCUCUUAGAGUUCCACUUGACCAGACACCUUUGUUCUACCCUUGGCAGGACUGGGCAUUAGGAGUAUUGCAUGCCAAAAUCAUUGCUGCCAUCACUCUGAUGGGCCCUCAGUGGUGGUUGAAGACUGUCAUUGAGCAGGUCUAUGCUAACGGAAUCCGCAACAUUGACCUUCAUUUCAUCAUCCGAAAGUUAGCUGCCCCUGUCAUAGCUGUGCUGCUGCUGUCCCUGUGUGUACCCUAUGUCAUUGCUGUUGGCAUCGUCCCCAUCAUAGGGGUCACCGCAGAGAUGCAGAACCUGGUUCAAAGGAGAAUCUACCCUUUCCUACUAAUGAUCGUGGUUCUAAUGGGAAUUUUGUCUUUCCAAAUCCGACAGUUUAAGCGUCUUUAUGAGCACAUCAAGAAUGACAAGUAUCUCGUAGGACAAAGACUUGUGAACUAUGAACGUAAAGCUGGAAAACCCAGCCCAGCUACACACAGCAGCUCACCACAGGAGUAAAGACUUUGGAAAAGAGCAUGCGAGUGUUAGGAUCCAGACCUAUCCCUUCUGCUGUGUGUGAUUGUGUGUAUGUCCAUCAUUUCCUAUGUCCAAGUCCAGUCCAAUACUAAAGAACACUCAGUGACUCUGGCCUCUUUGAUAUUGCCUGUGAACUGUGGCUCAAGAGCUGUCACAUGUUUAUAAAGAAACAAAAAUGAAAAAUCCAGGCAACUUGGAUUCGAAAGUAUGUCGCUGUACAUCUUUGGAAAAAAUAAGUAUGUAUAUUAAUUUAUUAAAUCUAAUUGUCACUUUACUUUGUUGAAUCCUGUUGCUUGGUCAGAAGUGAUGCCUGUGCUGUUGCUCUCGAAGACACGAAGGAGGUUUUUCAGAGUUUGGAAAAAGCCCAUAGACAUGAGCACCUCGGAACUCAGCUCUAAUAUGGGUCUUUAAUUUAUUUGUUUUCUUCUGGAGUAUGUGAUCGAUUUUUAAGACAUACUUGUCUGCAGUGUGUUGGUCCCUGACGUCUCUAAUUCCCUGGCUUUGUUUGAAUUUGAAGCACGUACUUUAGAAGACCAAACCAGCGCCGUACAGUUGUGGCAUUAACUGUAAUAGAGAAGAUAAGUUCCACUUAAUGGAUUUUACAGGACUUGUCAUGAGUUUUUCUAAAGCAAGUAGUAUAUGAGUGUGGAGGCUAAAGUUAGACGGUAGUCAUUAUGGCUCACAGUGAGCUGCAACUCUUACUUCUGCCCACAGCUUUAGUUCAGCUAAACACGUACACAUUUUCAGAUUCAAAUUUUUUCCACGGUGCUGAUUGGUGAGUUUGGAGUCUAGUUGUCAGGUGUUGAUUACUGUCUGUGUCUUGUACUCAGCGUGUCCCAAAAUCAUAAUCUGUCCACCUCACUACCUUACAGAUGGUAUUCAGGCACAUACUUGAAAAUAGUGGUGUCUUCACAGCAAUAGUUUAGAAGUCUUUUCAAAUUGGUGAAGCAGUGUUUGUGUGAUUUCAGCUUGAUUAAAAACUGAUCCAUGUUUCUCAGGACCAGUAAAUGCUUGGUGGUUUUUAGGUGAUUGCUUAAAUUAGUGCUCAAAGUCCCAACGAAGGUUCUCAUGUUGUGUAUAUAAUGUAAACUUUCAAUUGUACCAAUCUGCCACAAGCUUUCCUCAGAUUACCUGAAUUUGCUGCAGUCUGCUGUAGAGAUUUGGAGAUGGCUGUACACAGUCCCUUUAGCAAGUUUCCAAGUGACCUUUCAGUUUCACACCACAGUGACCCCUGAUACGGUUUGCUUUUUAAUAUUGUUUGGGCAACUAAUAAAGCAAAAUUUUUUAUUUUUCUAUGUGGAUGGAGGUGACUGCUGGUUUUUAAUUUUUGGCAGUUUUGUUUCCCGUCUUGCCUGCUUCCUAAGCUUCUCAAGGAGGAUGCUUGUGAAGCGAGGGCACUGUAGAUCGGUGUUGUGUGGGGUGCAGAGUAGACGGCAUGUUGAAACAGCACUGAAGACUCGCACGGCUAAUUAACUCAGCCUUGUCCUAUCCGUAGCAUGUUUGUGUAAGACGUGCUCAGUGUUCUGAAUGUUUUAAAAACCUCUUUCUGGGUGGCAGUGGCUGUAAUUACAUUCUUACACAGGCAGGCAAGUACAUUUUUGGUUGUAUGUUAAAAUUUUUUAUUACAAAUAUUAAAUCACAAGUAUGGUA